GCUAUUUAAAGUUCACUCCCUCAACACCACAGAAGACACAUUUCCACAGGACGCAUCAGGACUCAAGCCCGCCUAAUUCGAGAAGGAGGUGUACUACUGGUGGGUGUGACGGCUGAAGUCCUCUCUGAAAACGGUCCACUCCAAUCUUUACAAGAAGUUUUCAUCAUGGGCGUAAAGAUGCUGCAGUGUUGUCCCUUCUACAGACAUUGUAAAGAGCGAUGCAAAAGCAAACCGUGCCCCCCAGCGGAAGUAGCCAAAGAGGAGAUGAAGCCCCGCCUGGCCUCUUCCACGUCCUGGGGCAGCGACAGCGAAGGAGUGGGCAGCCUCGGUCGGGGAUCCCAUGUCUACUUCUCCUCUAAAGCCAGGUUGUCUUUCCGACACCAGCUGGACAGCAAUGUCAACGCGGUGGAUGCCACCUACUGAGGAUCACUGAUAGACUCCCAAAUAAUUGGAGCGCUUCACAGGACAUCCACGCGAUGAAUGUCAGCACCACCCCGAAGGAACUUUUCCUUAAAAGACAUUAGACAUGGAGAUGAGUUUACAGAUGACUACCAAGUGCAUUAUCUCUUUUUUUUCUUUAUUUUGUUGACUAACAACGAAAGCUUUUUUCUAUUUCUAAAGAGAACACACAAUGCAAAUAGAUUAUAUAUUUCAGAUGACACUAAUAAUUAUUGUCAAGCCUUUUCUAUGCUUGUAUUUAAUUUUGAAUAAGAAUAGACUAUUUUUUAAAUGAAGCAAAUGUGACCAAUGUGGUGAAACAAAAAAAUGUUUAAUGUUGACUAAUUUACAGCAGAUAAAAGUAAAGACUAGUGUGUUCCUUCCAA